ACCAUUAGUCAGGAAACGAUGUUCCACACGGACUCUUUCAUGGCGCGGUCGAGAUGUUUGUUUUCGUUACCAUCAUAUUUGUCUUUGUGGCUUACACUAUUUCCAUUAAGUUUGUGUAUUACAGAUACAGUCAAGUAUGGCCACACUUACGGAAUAAAAUAUCCACCCCUUUAAACACCGUUGGAAACGCGAGUUUUUGUCCGACUCGAGAGAGGUCCAGCGCGCUCUUACGGAACUCGGAGGAAGACGAGCCGCGCGUUACAGCCGGCGAGACUCGAGCUCUGUUAGUCACUGCGCAUCCAGAUGAUGAGUGCAUGUUCUUUGCACCUACAGUCUUAAAACUUGUUGAAUCACAAGCAACUGUUUAUUUGUUAUGUUUGUCGACAGGCAAUUACAGCAAUCAAGGACUACAGCGCAAAAGGGAACUGCUUGACAGCUGUGCAGUUUUAGGAAUCCCAUCUGACCAUGUCACCAUCAUAGAUGACAAAGAGCUUCCAGAUGACCCCGCAGUCCAGUGGAGCACUGCACUGAUCUCCUCUCUGACCCUCAAACACAUCCGAAACUACAGCAUAAGUGUGGUACUGACAUUUGAUGGCAGUGGUGUGAGUAGACAUGCAAAUCAUAUUGCCAUCUACGUGGCCCUCAGGCAUCUAGCUUCUGCUGGACGACUACCUGAAGGUUGUCAGAUCUUGUCUCUUCACUCCAUCAGCUUGCUCAGAAAGUACGUGUCAGUCCUAGAGCUGCCGGUCAGCUGGCUCCUCCCCUCUGACUUCUGCUGCAUCAUUGGAUGGGAGGAGUAUAAACAUGCCAAGAAAGCCAUGCUCUGCCAUCGCUCUCAGCUGCUGAUACUCCUCCACCUCUACAUA